AUGGAAAUUGUUAUUUCAUAUGCUAGUUCAAUUUCCAAAAUUAUUGUCAGCCGCUUGUUCGAUGCAGCAGGCCGUCAGAUUGGCUACCUGCUUAACUACAAUGACAACAUCGAAGCAUUACGAAAGCAAGCUCAGGAACUCAAGGCUACCAGAGACAGCUUGCAAUUGAAAAUUGAUGCUGCUAAAAGAAACAGAGAAACAAUCUUACCUGAUGUCGAAAGCUGGAUAUCUAAAGUUGAUAAUGUCUCUGCAGAAGCAGAAAAGUUUUUGGAAGAUGAAGGCAAUUUUAGCAAGGUGGCAAAGCAGAAGAUAACGGUGGUCACUCAGCUCCAAGAAGAUGGAAAAUUUCAGACUCUAUCUCAGCCUGCUCCUCCUCCUUCAAGCAUUAUCAUUCCAACUGUUGGAUUUUCUGGAAUUUUUGAAUCCAGAGAAUCAAUCAAGAAUGAAAUUAUAGAGGCCCUGAAAGAUGACAAGGAAUCGUGGGAGCUAUUCAAGGAGCUCGUUGGAAUGGAUGCUGAAAAUUCUAUCAGAAGCUCAAUCGCAGAAGAUGUAGUUGCUGAAUGUGAUGGCUUGCUGAUUGCAAUUGUGACAAUAGCAAGCGCAUUAAAGAACAAAAAUGAGCAUGUGUGGAUUGAUGCGGCACAACAACUAAAAAAGUCUACUCCUAUAGAUAUCCCAGGGAUGCAAGGAAGUGUGAUUUCAUCUUUGGAGCUGAGCAUCAAACAUCUAGAAAGCGAGGAUGCAAAAUCAUUGUUCUUCUUUUGUAGCAUGUUUCCAGAGGAUUUUGAAAUCCCAAUUGAAGUUUUAGUAGCAUACGGAGUGGCUUUGAGGUGGUUCAAAAAUGUUGAGACAAUGAAGGAUGUUAGACACAGAGUGCAUGCUAUUGUAAGUACCCUGACCUAUUCUUUUCUCUUGAUUUAUGGAAAACGUUGGGACACUAUGGAAGAGUAUGUAAAAUUGCAUGAUGUUGUACAUGAUGUGCCCAAAAUUUUUUGUUAUGGAGAACAACUGACACCAAAGCUUAACAAAGUUAUGAUGGAUUUGUCUAGUUUCGACGAAGGACGAUGGAUGGGUAACCUGAACUCUACAGUUGAGCAAUUGUUCAUAGAAGAACAAGAGAAAAUUGCAAGGAAACGACUAAUUGGUAUGAAUUAUGUAUCACAAAUGCAAUAA